AUGCGGCUCCAAGCGGCCCUUUUCCUCGCCGCGUGCGUAUCGCCCGUAGCGGCCAUCUUCCGUGAUGAAGUCAAUCACAUCGACUUCCAUCAUGCCCUCCUCGGUGCCCCCUCGCCCGAUUCGACCUUCUUCGUCAAGCCAUCCUCCGCCUCAAAUGCAUCCCUCCUCUACACGAUUUCCGACAAAUCAAUCCUAGGUGCAAUCAAUCCUCGCGAUGGUGCGCUGCUCUGGCGUCAGGACAUUUCACCGUCGAGCGCUGCCACUGGGGGGGCCAGUCUCCUGCGCAGCUCUGAUGGGAACAAUGCUGUUGUCAGUGCGGCUGGACAACAUAUCUCGUCAUGGACCGCCCAGGAUGGCAAAUUGAUUUGGGAGAAACAGUUCAAAGAUGGUGUGGUUGCGGACAUUGAACUUUUGGAGCUAGAAGAGGCCAGCAAGACAUCUGGCCCCCGGGAUGCUUUGGCACUUGUUGAUGGCGAAAGCGUUGACUUUGUGAGACGAUUGGAUGGAGCAACUGGAAAUGUUAAGUGGGAGUACAAGGAUGAGAGCGGGGAUGUUGCGUUCCAAGUGUCAUCUUCCCCAACAGAGGUUUUCUACAUUUCGCUUCAAUCGGCAUUACUGAAGGGUCACAAGGUUAAAGUCACUGUUUUGGACCCCGUGACUGGGCGGCAACUCCGUCAACAUGUUCUGAAUUCCGAGAAUGAUAUUGCGACCCCAGAAUCCGUCCUCUUUGUAGGCGCAAAUAUCGCUUCCCCCUUGAUUGCUUGGGCGGAUAAAGCGCACAAGGCCCUGAAAGUCAAUAUCAUCGGUACAAAGCAAGUUCAGACGAUCAACAUCGAAAACGCUUCCGGCCAUGAAAUUCGCCAGAUCACCAUCCAUGCCCCCCACAAACUCAACUCCCUUCCCCACUUCUUGGUCCAUUACGUGACUGACAAUGGCGCAUGGGCGGAGGUUUAUCACGUGGACUUGAAGUCUGCUGCUAUCACAAAGGCCUACUCGCUUCCAUACUUGCAGGGUCAGUCUGUAGUAGCUACUAGCAACAUUGACGCCAAUGUAUACUUCACCCGCAUUACCGAGUCGGAGGCUGUUGUGGUUUCUUCCGCAUCCCAUGGAAUUCUGGGUCGCUGGAAUAUCGAGAACCCCCCCAAGGAGCUUGCCCUCUAUGCAGUUUCCGAGGCGAUAGCCAAGGGAAAGUCCGUGGUAGUCCGUGCGGCUAUUCUGCGAGAAGCCGGAGCCUGGGAUUUGAUUCGCAAUGGCCAGACUGAGUGGGUUAGACAUGAAGGUCUGAUCGAUGCCGUGGCUGCUACAUGGAUCGAGGCUCAAAUCCAGGAAAACCUGGCCCACGAGCUGGAGGUCGAGGGACAUGAAAGCUUGGUCGGUGCAUACACCCACCGGGUGAAGCGUCAUAUUCGUGAUCUUGAACAUCUUCCUCAAUGGCUCAAGAACCUCCCUCAGCGAAUUAUCAGCAGUGUGCUGGCCGAUGAAGUAACAAACCUUGAUAGCUUUGGUCUGGCUAAGUCGGUCCUUAUCGCUACUAAGGGUGGCCGUCUUUAUGCAUUGGACACUGCUGAACAAGGAGCUGUUGUGUGGAGUGUCCAGGUGGAAGAAACAUCCCAGUGGGAUGUGAAAUCUAUCGUAACUCGACCUGGAGAGGCUACGAUUUAUGUCGGUGAUGGAAGCUCUGCCACUGUCAAUAUAUCUACGGGCGAAGUCACUUCUCGCUCCGCACCUAAGAAUGUCAAGCUCCAGUCAAUUAUCUCUCUUGAUAGCGAGACAACCAUCGGGGUUCAGGAAGACGGCUCAUUGGCUACCGCGUUUGAGAAGUCUGAAGAGCUUCUGGUAACAACCAGCGCUGAUGGCCGUGUUUUGGGAUGGAGCGGAAAGGACAACAAGUCUCCCUUGUGGGAGUUUGUGCCCCCAUCUGGCCAAAAGGUAAUCCAUGCCACCUCUCGCCCUGCUCAUGAUCCAGUUGCCUCGAUCGGCAAGGUGCUUGGUGAUAGGUCCGUCCUGUACAAGUAUCUGAACUCAAACCUUGCCCUUAUCACGGCAGUGAACGAAAAGGAUCACACUGCUGGAUUCUAUCUUCUCGAUGGUGUAUCUGGCAAUGUGCUUCAUGCGACAACUCACGACAGCGUUGACACUACUCAGCCUAUUGCGUCAGUCAUGUCCGAGAACUGGUUCGCCUAUUCUUUCUUCGGCGAUGUUCUUGAUGAAUCUUCCGCUAAAGGUUACCAACUUGUGGUUUCUGAGCUGUAUGAGUCGUCUAUCCCCAAUGACCGUGGUCCCCUUGAUGCGGCAGGGAACUAUUCAAGCAUCCACGGCAACAGCGGCGACAGUCUCCCGCUUCCUCACGUUAUCUCUCAAUCCUUUGUUAUUCCCGAGCCGAUUUCCCACAUGGCCGUCACCCAGACUCGUCAGGGCAUCACCACUCGUCAACUUAUCUGCACUUUGCCAGAGUCUAGCUCAAUCAUCGGAAUUCCUCGACCAGUUUUGGAUCCUCGCCGCCCUGUCGAUAGGGAUCCAACCUCUGCCGAGGCAGAAGAGGGGCUUUUCCGUUACGCCCCGCUCCUAGAAUUCGAUGGCAAGUGGUACAUUACUCACGCACGAGACGUGUCCGGUAUCAAGACUGUACUCUCCCAGCCUACUCUCCUGGAGAGUACCAGUCUGAUAUUCGCAUUUGGAGGCGAUGUCUUUGGAACACGCGCUACUCCCAGCCAAGCUUUUGAUGUUCUUGGCAAAAGCUUCAACAAGUUGCAGCUUGUCCUCACUGUAGUAGCCCUGACAGUGGGUGUCGCAUUCCUAGCCCCAAUGGUUCGGAAGAAGCAGGUCAACCUGCUGUGGAAGGCAAACUAG